GCGAAACCUUCUUUUGGACAACCACUGAGCUUCGACCGCGGCUUCCUUCUUUCCUACAACCGCGAGCUCAACGUCCAACACGACGAGUUCGACGCUGCCCACGACGGUCUAGACCACAGACUUACGAAAUAAAUAUCCCACUCCAACCAGACCUCAACUGAUCAUCGACGAAACGUACAGCGCUACGACGAUUAGGGCUCACUUGCCACAAAAACCAUCUUCUCAGGCUUCGCUUGCCUUCCUAGUUUUGUUCCAAGUUUUGUUGUUGUGCAAUAUCACGAAAGCUUGACUUGUUACAACUUGCUACGAUGACUACUCCAGUCGCCAGUGCCACGCCCUCCCGCGAACGAAGCUCGACUUCACAGUCAACGUCAUCUCCGAUGUCAAUGAGACCUCAGGCAUCCUCUUCUACUGCUUCAAUUGCGGCCUCUGCAUUGGGUCAAAACGCCAACACCACCACAUACCCCAUUUCUCUCGAAACUCUCCUUGCCACCCAUGCCAACGCACCAAAUCCAAUACUCGCUGCAUUGGAUCAGGUCCUAUCAGAACGCAACGUCCUCUCAACUCAAAAUACACAGCUUUGGAAACUUAUUGAGAAGCAACGUGCCGCAUAUAACCAGGUGCUCAAGGAAAUUGAACGUGUCCGUAGUGAACGAGAUACGUACAAGACCCGCUUACAAGCAGCGGGAAUGAGCACUGAGCUGGCAAAGAAGGAAAAGGAUCGCGAGAAGGAGAAGGAAAAGACUAGGAGUUUGAGGUCCUCAGGAUCCAAUGCCACGAUGUCGAGUAUGUCUGUCAAUGGGUCUGCUGACUUACGGUCAAGGAUAGUUCGCAACCAAUUAGAUGCCACAUCAUCACCAUCUCGUAACGACGACCGUCCUGUUUCUCCACCAUGCCUCCCAGACAUUAAUACUAAGGACCCCAAUCCUGAAAUGCCCCAAACGCCUCAGACUUCAAUGUUUACACGUCCACUAAACUCUCCUUUGGUUGUGCCUCCUCGAGGUACCUCAUUAACACUUGCUGCCGCAUCUUCUGCUACUUCAUCUAGCGGGGCCACCUCGCCAGGAUCAACGUCACAAUCGAGUAUCGACCUGGAGAGAACUCCAGUACCACGUACAACCGACUCACGACCUCAUUUGCAACAGUCAUCUGCACCACCACCACCACCACCAUCUCUUCAGUCUGGUCACCUGCCUCCCGUUUCCCUUCGGCCAGCUCAUCCUCCCACCACUACACUCCAGCCUCCUGCUCCAUCUAUCAACACUCUCGUUCCCCCUUAUGGCUCAGCCACGUCUCCCAACAGUUCAACCAUAUCUCCCAUCAAUAUCUCAAACACCGCAUCUCAGACAGGCUUGCUUAGCCCAACAGUUGAUCACUCACAGCACCCAUCACGGGGGUCUCGAAUUUCUUCUGUUUCACUCCCAGAUGAGGCGAAGCUUUACAUUGCCAGCAUGGGUGAGAGCCCAUUGCCAAGUCCAUCUAUAGGCCCGGACAAUGCUGGGUUUAGCGAUGAUGUGCAGUGCAAUGCUGGACAGGCGCCUCCUGCCGAUGGCGCGCCCCGGAGGGAAUCUCCCACGAUCAUGCUGACAAAUGGGCAAAGUGGUGAGGUGGGAGAGUUCCUGGACAUGGAUGAUGAUGAUCGUGAGGAAGAGGCGAUAGAAAAGCACUUGAAAACGAAGAAUAAGCCUCAUGCAGCAGUAGAAGAUUUUCCAAUGCCCCCCUCGCACGGCGCCAUUCAUAUUCCCUCAUCCCAUGUGCAGUCCUUGGAUCCUACAUUAAUGCUCACGCCAACACAAGCGAACCCACUGCCAUCGGCGGCGGCGAGCACGCCUUUGCGAGCGCAAUGGCACCCGCAGCGGGAGCUGCUACAGUCCGACAGUGCUUUUGUUGUUAUCCCUGAAUCUCCUCUACCUACAUCCUACUUGUCGCCGACAAAUCCGACUUCAUCAUCCGGCACUAGCGCAACGUUCCGUGCGCUUCCUCUCUUGCCAGACGACCUCGUGACGACGCGGGUCGCCGUCUCAUACUCGUCCGUAAAACCAAAUGACCGUGGGAAGGAGGUUUUAUCAUUCAUCGUUGAUGUGGAGCCAGGACAUGGUAAAGAACCAUGGAAGGUGGAGAAACUGUACUCGGAUGUGCUGACCCUUGAUAAUCGCAUGCGAGCUAGCGUGGGGAAGGGUCUCGGGAAGAAGAUGGCGGUACUCCCAGAGGGGAAGAUCUGGAGGGAUCAUGCACCUGCGAAGUCCGAUCAACGCAAGGUCGCACUCGAGGUGUACCUCCAAUCGUUGGUCGACCUACCUGUGAAAAACAAGGACGAAAUUAUCGCCUUCUUCACUUCCGACAUCGUUCGAGAGACCCAUAAGCCUGUCAUGCAGGCUGGACACAAGGAAGGAUACCUGACGAAACGCGGGAAGAACUUUGGUGGGUGGAAGUCACGAUACUUUGUCCUCCAGGGUCCAGUAUUGGAAUAUUAUGAAAGCCGUGGAGGCGCCCAUCUUGGCUCGAUAGUGAUUACCUCCGCCCAGAUAGGGCGACAGCAGCGCACAGCUGACAAUGACGACGAAAGAAAUUACCGGCAUGCUUUCCUCAUCAUCGAGGCCAAGAAAGCUCCAAAUGGAUCUCACUCGCGCCAUGUUCUGUGUGCAGAAAGCGAUGUAGAGCGUGACAGCUGGGUUGACAUCCUUGUGCGGUAUGUAUCUGGAUCGUUCAACGAGGAUCCUGCCACAUCCAUUUCCACUGGCCCCAGUCCAAUAUCUAUCAAUGUCAACGUCCCUUCUGGGCAGGGGCAAGGGUCUGGGCAGCCAAGAUCAAGCACUAGUUCCAAUCAUGAUGGUUCAGUGUCCACGCCGAACGGAAAGCGUGCCAAUCGGACGAUGUCUAGGGAUGAUAUCUCGCGCGGUGCCGCAGUCCCCACCAGCCAGCUUACGCAAGACGGGACCAACACAAAACUCUUCCACUCCGCACCAAUUCCUGUGGUCACACAGGAUCCACGCCCACACUCGGCUAGUCCAACCAAAGGACUCGACCCGUCAGCUCACCACGAGCGAGACCAUUACACUGCAGAGGAGACUGCUCGGCGGAUUUUGGAGCGAGGUCAGCCUUCGGGGAGCUCAGAGCAGCUUUCAAACUCGUUACCUAGCUCCUCGCCGCUGGAGGGAAGCAGUGGAAAUCUGAUAAAUCUGAGAGCGAACUCUGAGCUUGGGCACUAUUCAGACCUACAACGUGGUUCUAAUUCCAAGCAGGAACCAUUUUCACCGGAGAACAAGCUGAGGGAGCAGCGACGUGACAGGAAGUCUGUCCAUCCAGGAUUAUCUGUUAUAGCUAGUCCAACCACAGCGAACUUUGGUGAUCGUGCACCAUCACCCGAAUCUAGCGCUACACCUUCGAAAGGCAGUGAUCGCGCAAAGAUAUCUGCUCCGAUGAACGGAGCGCCUAUACCAGCGGGAUACAAGUUUGGCAGCAAGGAUGCUCCUUCCGAGAAUUCCGCAACUUCGAGUGACAGACGAGAGAAGGCGAAGUCGCGGUCCUUCUGGAACUUUGGACGGCCCGUGGACAAGUCGAUAAUUCAUGUCCCCAGAGCUAUCUUUGGUGUCCCACUCGAAGAGUCCAUUGAUGUCGCAGAGAUCGCUCGACUGCCCGCAGUGGUUUUCAGGUGCAUUCAGUAUCUGGAGGCAAAGAAGGCAGACCAAGAAGAGGGUAUAUACCGUCUUAGUGGGAGCUCAGCUGUCAUCAAAGGGCUGAAAGACCGCUUCAACGCAGAGGGUGACGUGGAUCUCCUUGCAUCGGAUGAAUAUUGGGAUCCUCACGCCAUCGCUGGACUUUUGAAGAGUUUUUUGCGAGAGUUGCCCGCCAGUAUCCUGACACGCGAGUUGCAUCUGAAGUUCCUGGCAGUGAUAGACUUCGUCGACGCACAGGAACGCAUCCGAGAACUAUCUGAUCUCAUCGCCUCCUUGCCGAUCGCCAACUAUAGCCUCCUGCGCGCUCUUACAGCCCAUCUCAUCCUCAUUGUUCAAAAUUCGACGGUGAACAAAAUGACGAUGCGUAACGUUGGCAUCGUCUUUAGCCCUACGCUUGGGAUUCCUGCGGGCGUGUUUAGUUUAAUGCUGGGCGAGUUCAACCGCGUGUUCAAUGUUGACUCUGGACAGGGUGAUGAGGACAAUGUUGAGGAGCUGAGUCGGAGGAACAGUCGGCAGUAUACGGACGCUGCUGCUGAUCAGUUGUUGGGCUUGUCUGGAAGGAGCUUGAAUGCUCCUUCCGACGGAACUCCUUCUGAGGACGGUGACAGCAUUUCUCUUCAUUCUGAAAGUGGAAAUGAUACUGCCGAGGACGCAACCGUAGAGUCGAACUUAACUCAGUCGAGUGCUAACCUAUCUUCGAGUCACCACCAUCUACAAGACUCACAACAGAACGACAAUCUCCUUUCGCCGCUCCGAUCUGAAGGAGUUUCGUCGGAACAGCGGUCACGAGCAUCUAAUCUUGCCGCCAGUCGUGGCCUGAACAUUGCGGUUGGCAAGAAAGGCAACAGACAGAGCCGUAUGAUCGGCCUUCCCGCGUCAGCCCGGUUACCAGUUGACGCACCAUGCUCCCCUAUACCUUCACCAAUGCACACGGCAAGACAGAGUUGAUGACCUUACCCUGUUACUUUACCCUGCAUUCGAGAUCAGGGCUUGUACUCUAUUUACCCAUCUCGAUUGUGGUCAUCUGUUUUCAUCUAUACCCGUCUCAUAUGUUGUUGGUUCGCCAGCCUCGUUGAUUUUUUACGUAGAUACCCUGCUUUAUUCGAAAUAGCGACGGACCUCCGCUGAAAUGUCAAAUACAUGUAUUCGUGGC